CAGAAUCAUCCAACUUUCCAUUGCGAUGCUUUCACCGUUCCUUCUUCUUUUUCUUCUCUUUUCUGCUCCAGCUUCCGCAUUCUUUAAUUCAUUAUUCGGUGGAUCAAAUUGUGGAUGCUCGUGUACUCCUCCACCGUCUACAUGUCCAACUACUUGUCUUCCAAUCAUGACGUGUACUCCACCUUCCCCGCCGGCAUGUUGUAACACAUGUGGAACUUGUAACGGAAAGAGAAGAAGACGGCACCUUACAAUGUUAAGUAAUGCUACAUAUGUGGCAGAUCAUGAAAAAGUGAACCGAGUAAAGCGACAAGACGAUCAAGAGACAACCGUAACAUCAGGAAACUGCAACUCUGUCGAACUACAAAGAAUUAUCGAAAGUAAAAUAGACCGUGUGACUGCGAUUGCAAAGCGAAGAAUUCAAGAAGAAGCCGAGGCAACGAUGGGUGGCCGAUUCAAUGUUAUCUGUGCCCGAGGCGACUUUUCAUACGUGGCAAAUACUGAACUUUUCUGUCAACAUUCUGUCGGUGAUGUCACGUGUUUCUUGUUCAAACAACUUUCGGAUGUUGUUAGAAGACGGCUGAUGUGAUACUAAAUGGAAAUAUUAAGAUAUUCAAGGAAUAUCAAUUAAUUUUGAAUGAAGAAUUUAAAAUAAAUUUUUACACUGAAUGAAUAUUUUUCAAAACAUUAAUCGUAUAAAAAA